AUGCAAGGUAUUAGAGUACCCACACUCUGUGGAUUACUUGUGCAUUUGCAUCAGAUAAAUGCUUGCGUGCAUAAGCUUGGAAGAGGUGAGUUUGGUUGAAAUCGAUAUUUAUUAUGUGAAUAGAUUUCGGUCAACAAUAUGAAUGUAUAUGUUUACUUGAUUAUUUGUGUAGCAUUGUAAUUUCGCAGUAUUACAUGUGGAGGGUUGAGGCGCACAAACUUAAAACAAACUACGCAGAGCGUACAAGGCUGGACAACUAGAUAUUAGAAAAUCGCAGAUUGUAAGACUUCCCUGCCUAUAUCUGUUACUUUGUGCCUAUGCUAUUCAAAUAUGCAUGCAUUGAGUGGACAAUUUUUUCGGUAGAAGUAAAUCAUGCAGUGGUUGUUGAUAUUUGGCAUUCUUGUACAGAAAAAAUUAUGUCAGGAGUAAUCUGUAGUCAUAUUUAAGCUCCUUUAUGACAAUAUGUUAGGAUGCAGCAACUGUGAAAUAUUUUGCCUUUUUAAACUGCUCGAUGAUAUUACUUGUCUUAUUUACACACAACUUAAAUCCACUUUAACCCCCUAGUACAAGACGAAUUCAAGACCCGGAUGUUCUGCCCACGUACCGGAGAAAUCAUUCAUCUUGUAGAUAUCCUGAAGGAUCGACUUCGGUUAAUUUCUACUUUCAGCAGAAAAAUAUCGUCCAGUGAAAUAAGCCAAAUUGAUUUCCGAAUGGGAAUAUCAUCUGAAGCAGUAAUACAUCGGUGCUAUAUUGUGAAGUCCGUGCAUGAAACCCUUUUAAUCGAAGUUUCAUGCAAUAUUACGCUUUCACUAUUUAGUGUUCAACUGGUGCACUCGGUAAGCUGCAAUUUUGGUGUUUUAAUAGUAAAACUGAAAAUAUUUUAGAGCCAUCCUUGACUAGUUUUCGUUUGUGAAUCAAACCUUUUACAUAAAAAUUAGACUCUCCUAUUUAAUUUUAUAUUAAUAAUGCGAGAAGUUUGGAGAGGAGGUUAAACCAUUCGUAAGGAAAAUUCAGGGAUUUUCAGCUUGAACUAACUGAUUAGUUGACCUUAAUGCAUCGGCCAAAAUAGGAUAGAUAUGAAAGCGCAUUUUGCACUGGAACUGUUGGAUAUAAUUUUCAUUCAAAAUGUUCGCUAUGUUUCACUUUUACGACUAGACAACAUACAGCGAUCGCAUAACCCGUCACCUCGCAAAUAAAGCUUGAGUGAGUACGACGUAGAAAGGAUGAAUGUAUCGAGCUCAAUUUACUUUUUGGGACUAUCGUGUUGGUUUUCUUUUUUUAAAGGCAUACUAGGUUGUCAAAACUUUUGCAGCAAUUUUAGUUAUGAACUACAAAUUUUCCUAUAAAACAGCCGACUAAAAUGAACGAGCGAUCAUUUUAAUUUGACGGAAAGUACAUUUUUUACGAGAUGAAUAAAAGCAAUGACUUGAUGGAAGACGUUUGAAUCCGCUUUUCCUGUAACUUUGUCGAAAACAUAAUUUAGGCAAGGUAGAGAAAAACGGAUGAAAACAUCCCUCAUAGUUCAGCUUAUUUAAAGACAAUACACAAUGACUUCUAAGAUCCGAUUGAAAAGGCACACACAAUAUUAAACUCCAAAUAAAUGUGUUACUAAUUUGUUUUCAGUAACGUAUAUGUUUUACAUAAUACUGUCUUUAAAAGUGUGAUGGCGACUUUUCUACUCUAAAAUACAUCGCGACAGAAGAUCGGUGCAAUAUGUGCAUUUUUCUGUUACAGCAAGUUCGCUGCAAAUAAAUCGACUUUAAAAAGAUGUUGCAACAUAACUUCUGAUUGAAAUUCCGUCUCCAUUUCAUCUUUCGGUUUAGGAGGAAAGUUUCGCCCAAUCCCCAGUGAACUUUUGGCCUAAAAUUACGCAGAGCAGAUACUUGGACGUGAAGGAUAUGAAGGCUGUCGCCAACUUAGUUCUGGCAAUCAAUGAAGCGUUCACCCACCGAAUGUUAUACUUUACAGGACUUACUUUUAGCGGCAUUUAUGACAAGUAUGUCUCCCAACAUCCACCACUUCACUCGCGCGAGGACACGCCGUGGCUAUUACAUGCGCUACGUUUACUUGAUCGUCUUGCAACGGACGCAGCCUCCGAGAGGUUUUCUGGCUCAUGCUUGGCAUAGAAAAGAUCGUUAAACUCAAAUUGGCUGGAGGAGACAAAGCAUGCAUCAGCAUUUUGCUAUUGUUAAAAUAAAAUCAUUUCACAGUAAUCUAUCUCAAACUCCACAGUUUUUUUCCUGUUAUGUUUGGGCGCAAGCGCUGAUACGGUGUGUGCAAAGCAGCAAUCAGAGUCCUGUGCGGGCAUUCUUCAGAAUCAGAACUUACUUUUCUGCCAAAACGGGUUGUUUUUCGACUCAAGCAGGCGACUAUAAGUGAACAAAGGGGCCUUUGGAGGCUAAUGAAUAACAAUGGUACACGCAGUCCGACUGUGCUACUUCUAGUAAACCGACCAAACAACAUCUUGUCAAAAAAGUCUUCGAAUACUCCAGAACACAAGAAGGAUAUCAGUUUUUUGUAAAUCCCCCCGGAAGGCAGUACUGAAUAACACAACUUCUGCGCGAUUAAAUAUCAGGAAUUAUUGGGAUCUAAACGUUUGCCAGUUUCGAAACACUUAUAAAGGCAUAAGGAAAGAGGAAGAGUCGAUCACCGGAACACUUUGUUUAUUGUCCUGAGCUUUCAGACUCGUGCAGGAGUCCAUCGUCCGAUGUAGUAGCAGCAACAGAUCAAGUGGCAGUUAUAAGGCCUGUAGGCCAAUUAUCAACUGACGGCGCAAGACUGGAGGUGACUACGCAGGGCUCUGUACGUCGGCACCAAAUCGAUAAGUCGACUAACCGAGUUCUCAUCCGAGGCGCAGGCCUCAAUCAAUUCUCGGCCUGCUUUGUUUCCGGCGUAAGCGACUAUUGUGGUGGAUGCGAAUUUAAGCUCAUGACCCGUUUCGUAGGCUUGGGCGGCUACUUGUGAUAAUGCGUCGCCUCGUCGCACAGCCAGCUUAUGUUCGUUUAUGCACGAUCCGAGCAUGCGUCCAAUCUGUCCUGUGUAGUUACAAGGACAAUUUUGACACGGAAUGCGAUACACUACUGCAGAUUGCUCAUCAGGGUUUAACCGGUCUUUGAUUUUCAUGACCCUAUUGCGCAUGGUGGCUUUGGAGCGGUGAGCAAUUCCAACACCUAGCUCCGCAGCAAUGCGCUCAGUCGCUUCUGAAACGCCCUUGCGCCGUCGGUCGAUGAUUGGCCUACAUGCCUUAUAACCGUCGCUCGUUCUGUUGCUGCUACUACCUCUGACGAUGGACACCUGCACGAGUCUGAAAGCUCAGGACAAUAAACAAAGUGCUCCGGUGCUCGACUCUUCUUCUUCACUUAUGCAUACACCUGAAACUCGAAAUUUCGCCUUCACUUAUAAAGGCGUUCUGACAGUUCAAAAAUUGGGUAAGAUGUGGUUUGGUAGCCCCACCUGAUGGACACAAUACUGUUGGAGUUGAGGUUAACGGUUAGGGAUAGGGUCAGGGGUUAGGGUUAAAUGCUAGAGUUAGGGGUCAGGGUUCAGAACUAGGAGCUAUAGUUAGGGGUUGGCGCAACACUUUCUCAACGAUUCAAAGUACAACCGCGCCUUCACAAUAGCUUUUUCUUUUGAAUUCCAUUACUUAACUUCGUCCACUCUGCGUUCCCCGACCCCACCACCGGUCCCGUAUUGUCGGUGGCUGACCUUUGUUUACCUCAGGUGCGGCUGCAUAACCAAUUCCGACCGAAAUAUGGCGGGGAAGCAGACAAAGGGGCCUUUGGAGGCUAAUGAAUAACAACGGUACACGCAGUCAGGCUGUGCUGCUUCUAGUAAACAGAACAAACAACAUCUUGUCAAAAAAGUCUUCGAAUACUCCAUAACACAAGAAGGAUAUCAGUUGUUUGUAAAUCCCCCCGGAAGACAGUGCUGAAUAACACAAAUUCUGCGCGAUUAAGUAUCAGUAAUUAUUGGGAUCUAAACGUUUGCCAGUUUCGAAAAACUUAUAAUGGCGUUCUGAUAGUUCGCGAAUUGGUUAAGAUGUAGUUCGGCAGUCCCACCUGAUGAAAACUAUAUCGUUGGGGUUGGGGUUAAGGGUUAGUGUUAGGGUCAGGGGUUAGGGUUAAAUGUUAGGGUUAGGGGUCAGGGUUCAGGAUUAGGGGCAAUAGUCAGGGGUUAGGGUUAGGGGUUGGCGCAAAUAUUUCUGAACCAUUCAAAGUACAGUAGGUGGGCUAACUCAUGAAAUGUCAACCGAAAUUCCGAAAUGCGUUUUCGUUUCGAAAAGAUUAGUUAAGUAGAGUUGCAAUCAGAUCAUCAUGCAGCAUAAUUCUAUAAUAAUUCAGUCACCAUAGGAAGCCGGCUUUCGAAAGAACUCCCUUCCGGCUGCAUGCAAAAACUAUACCCUGUAAAAAAAUGACUUCUUAUGUAGCAUGCAUUCCCUCAUUGAUUUUCGAUGCCCUUAAUAAUUCAAUUAUAUUUAAUGGAAAACAUUCAUAAACAUAUUCAUUCUCUUACUCAUUCGGUAAAAAAUGACGUCUUCUUCCAAUUUUAUCCUCGAAGGAUGGGUAUAAUUUGGUUUUAAAAAACGUUUGUAAUUCUCGAUUAACUUUGAACUCGAACUUCCAUUACACUUACAUUCAGCGUUCCCAAACUACAGGCCGUAUAUUUUCUCCGUAAGGAAAAUCAUGCAUUUCUCUAGGAUAUUAAAAGAAGAACAUAUGGAGUUCAUGAAAUUCACCACUGAAUUUGAGCAGUCUUGUUAAAUUUACGGUAUUAGCAAAUCUCACAAUUCGAAAUUUUUAGAGCCGAAUUAUGUCCUUCCUUUGAGUGGAAAACUGAAAGAAGACGUCAUUUUUUAACGAAUGAGUAAAAGAAUGAAUAUGCUUAUGCAUAUUUUUCAUUAAAUGUAGUUGAAUGCUUAAGGGCAUCGGAAAUGAAGUUAAUGAAUGCUACAUAAGUAGUCAUCUUUAGCAGAGUGUAGUUUUUGCAUGCUGAAGGAAAGAAGUAUGUACGAAAGUCGACAUCCUGAUGUAACUGAAUUAUUGUAUAAUUAUGCUGCAUGGUGAUCAGUUUUACAACACUUCUUAAUUAUUCUUUUCGAAACAAAACCGCAUUUCGGAAUUUCGGCUAACACUCCAUGGGUUAGCUCACCUACUGUAUGUGUCUAAGUCUCCAUGAGGUGUUUCCCCCGUCUGAAUUCAAAGUCAGGGCAUCAGCACCUACAGUGCGUGACCCAUCUCAUGAAAUGUUGACUGAAAUUCUGAAAUGCGUUUUCGAUUAGGAAGGAGUACUUGGUCGCGGUUGUGAUACUGAUUAUCAUAAGGCAUACUCUUAUAACAUUUUGGACUCGGCAGGAUGUGGGCUUUUAAGUGCACUUCUUUUCAAUCUCGUGUAGAAAUAGUACUCGGUAAAACAUGACUGCUUAAGUAUCAUGCAUUUUUCCCAUUGAUUUUCGAUGGUCUUGGAAAUUCAAAUAUAUUUUAUAGAAACCACAAACAAAAAUGUGCUUUCUUUUAGUCAAUCAAUAGAGAAUCACGUUUUCUUUAUAUUUUAUACUUAAAGAAGGAGUAUAAUUAGGUUUUAAAAAAGUUUCUAAUUAUGAAACUUUUUAAGACCGCGAUAUGUCCAUUCACAUAGCAUCGUACCUGGCGGUUUACCACUGCUCCUCAUGAAAUGUACAACAUGCUCCACAUCCAUUGCAAAAUUUUAUGGACCCUGUAUGAUAUCUCUUUAAUGACAUAGAAAAAUAUGGGAUUUUCUUUACGCGGAAGGCAUGCACCUUGUAGAGUGUAAUCACUAAGCGCUAAUGCAACGAAUGAUCAGGCUCCAAAUUUUUCGGCAAUUAGAAAACUUUUUUAAAACCUAAUUAUACUCCUUCCUUAAGUAUAAAAUAUAAAGAAAACGUGAUUCUCUAUUGAUUGACUAAAAGAAAGCACAUUUUUGUUUGUGGUUUGUAUAAAAUAUAUUUGAAUUUCCAAGACCAUCGAAAAUCAAUGGGAAAAAUGCAUGAUACUUAAGCAGUCAUGUUUUACCGAGUACUAUUUCUACACGAGAUUGAAAAGAAGUGUAUUUAAAAGCCGACAUCCUGCCAAGUCCAAAAUCUUAUAAGAGUAUGCCUUAUGAUAAUCAGUAUCACAGCCGCGACCAAGUAAUCCUUCUUAAUCGAAAACGCAUUUCAAAUUUUUCGCCAACAUUUCAUGAGAUAGGUCACGCACUGUAUAUCAUUCACAAAUGUUCAGAAGAUUGUGUUGCCUGGAAAAAUUACUUAAGUAGCGUUGUAAUAUUAACCACCAUGUAGCAUAAUCCAUUGAUAACGCAAUUACUACAGGAUGCCACAUUUUGAACGAACUCCGUUCCGACUGCUUGUAAAAACUACAUUCUGUAGAAGUGACUGCAUAUGUAUCAUGAAUUUUUCAUAUUGAUUUUCGAUGUCCCUAUAAAUCCAAAUAUAUUUCAUAGAAAACAUGCAUGAAAACAUUCAUUCAUCUACUCAUUUGGUAGAAACUGUAGUCUUCUUCCAAUUCUAUGCAUGAAAGAGGGGUACAGUACGGUUUAGAAAACGUUUCUAACUAUGAAAAUAGUCUGGUGUCCAACUGCAACCCGCGGCGUUCUCUGUCGUCGACCUGGGAGCUUGAGCCUGUCAACUCUCCUGGGAUGUCGAGUGUGGACAAAAUUAGAGAUUCAAACACUUAGUGUUAUAGACCUCACUGAAGUAGACAAACAGGGUAGGACUUAAUGGUACCAAAAAAUUUCGAGACGGCUCGUCAGCUGCGUCCUGUUGCUUCAUAACAUAGAAGACGAGUUGGGAGAAUACAACAGAUUUAAAUUCGUGCAGAAAAUCAAUGCCGAAGAAGCAAGGUCAUGAUUUUGGGUAAGCCGGCUAACCGAUAAAGUUAGUAACUCAAACACCGUAGGGGAAGAAUGGUGAAAAAGGGGAGCGUUAACGAGAAAAAAGUGAGAGGGGAAGAAAAAAUCAUGGAGAUAGAGGCUACCAUGGUAAUGUUAGGCUAGCCACGUGUUCCAACUGUUAACAAAAAUUUGGUUUCACCCGUCGUAUAUAGGCUGCCUCUAGGUAACGCAAUGCCCGAGUUGUUCGUGCCCGAACAAGUACUCGGAAGGAAGUUUUGGGGUCGAUGGAGUGACCCAUACGGUGUUAAGUUACUAUAUCGAUUAGCCAACUUUACUCAAAAUCAUGAUCUUGCUGUUUCUGUAUUUAUUUUUUGCACGAAUUCCAGAUCUUUGUAAGCAGUUGGAACACGUGGUUAAGCUAGCAUUGCCAUGACAGCCUCUAGCUCCAUGAUUUUUUCUUCUCCUCUCACUUUUUUGCUCGUUAACGCUCCUCCUUUUUCACCAUUCUUCCCCUACGGUGUUUGAGGUACUAACUUUAUCGAUUAGUCAGCUUACCCAAAAUCAUGACCAGCAUUGAUUUUCUGCACCAAUUCAAAUCUGUUGUAUACUUCCCACUCGUUGUCAAUGUUUUGAAGCGACAGGACGCAGCUGACGAGCCGUCGAGACAUUUUUUGGUAUCAUUAAAUCCUGCCCUGCUUGCCUACUUCGACAUCGUACCGGGGAUAAAAUGCUUCAAAUUAUAGACCUCUCUCAAGAUGAUAGUCUGUGCAGACGCCAGUCACACCGCUAUGACUGUCAACCUGAAAUUUCGAAUUGGUUAUGGUUGAGUUCCAUUCAUCGAAUACGUCUGAUAACUAACUGAAACCCUCGACUUUCUCCGUCGUCGGCCUGGGAGCUUGAGUCUGUCUACUCUCCUGGGGUGGCGAGAAUUCAUCCUAAGGUGCGACGCCACUUCUGCGCCGACCCGACAGACAGACGGACUUAUAGCCAGGGCAAAUCAUAAGGCCACGAAUAUCUACGUCUCCAAACACACGCCAGUCAACAAAAGGACUCUGGCUUCUUCCAAAGUCAGACAACCCCUACUUACGCCGUUUGCCCUGCAUCCCACAGCAAUUUUGGCUAAAUUAGGUGCUGUCUGAGGCAGUUGAUUACCCUCUUUGUGUAGUUCAGCCGCUAACUACUUUAGAAUAUUUCUGAUGAUAGAAGGUAGACAUUUAGCCAAUGGGAGAAACCACUCCUGCCACUUGGAUGUCCCUAUUGCCACUUAUGCAUGAAUAAUCCAUAUACUAUUAUCCGGAUCUCGCAAGCACAGUAGGUGUGAUGACUCAUUAAAUAAUAGCCGAAAUUCAGCAAUGCGCUUUCGUUUCAAUAAGAUUGCUUAAGUAGGAUUGAAAAGUGCAUCAUCGCGCAGCAUAAUUCAAUGAUAAUUCAGUUACCUCGGAAUGCCGGCUUUCGAACGAACUACGCUCCGGCUGCAUGCAAAACCACACUGUAAAAAGUUACUAUCUAAGUUACAUGAAUUUUUCUCAUUGAUUUUCGAUGUCGCUGUAAAUUCGAAUAUAUUUCACGGAAAACAUGCAUAAAAGUAAACACUCUUUUACUCACUUGGUAGAAAAUCAGGUCUCUUCCAAUUUUAUACUCAUAAGUAGGAUAUAAUUCGGUUUAAAAGAAGUUUCUAAUUGUGAGAUUUUUUAAUACCGUGAAAUGCCCGUUCAUGAAACGUCGUGUUCAUACAUUUACUAAUGUGGCAUGUAAAGUUUACAAUGUGGCUCAAAUCCACUGCUAAAUUUUAUGAACCCCAUAUGGUCUUCUCUUAAUACCAUACGCACGCGGUAAUUAUAUGGCUUGUAGUUUGGAAACCCUGAAUGCAAGUGAAACGGCAAGUCGGGUUCAAAAUUAUUCGGGAUUUGGAAAAGUUUUUAAACAUGAAUCAUGCCAUUCCUUCAAUUAGAAAAUUGGAAACAGACGUAAUUUUCUACCAGAUGAGUAGAAUAAUGAAUGUUUUCAUGCAUGUUUUCUAUGAAAUAUAUUUGGGAUUUAUAGGGGCAUCGAAAAGCAAUGAGAAAAAUUCAUGCUAACUAGGCAUGAUUUCGUUCAGAAGGUGGCAUCCUGUAGUAAUUGCGUUAUCAAUGGUUUAUGCUACAUGGUGGUUAAUAUGACAACCCUGCUUAAGCAAUAUCUUCGAGUCGAAAACGUAUUGCAGAAUAUCGGUUAAAAUUUCAUGAUUUAGCACAUCUAUUGUAGGUGGCAAGACUUGGCAUGCAGUGAAACUCGUAUAAGUAGCGUUUGUCCUACCAAAGGGGUCGCGAUUUCCCCGAAGCCAUUACCUCAGAUGAAUAAUGCAUCAAUAGGCGUAUUGAUUUAGAUGUGAUGUUCAAAAAUCUCGAGGGAAAAUGCAAAAGGCGAGAAUCAAGCGAUAGAUCCUGAAACACACGGUGGCCGUUAAAUGGCACAAACACCGAAAAAAUUGUCAGAUUUUUACUUGCACGUUUGACCAUUUUAACUGGUUUUAGCACAUUUACUCAAUGCCUGACGGCAACCUUGUGAAUCAGUCUCGAACUUUUGUCCAUAAAUUUCCUACUUUUCCCGUAAAACGUGUCUCAAUUCAACUCACAUUUUAUGGGAUGCUUGCGUUUAAACUAUAUAUCUGUACAUAUAUAUAUAUAUAUGUGAGAUGGAGCCGACAAAGACAAGGGAGACCGGAAUGGCCAUUUCUGGCUUAUUAUCCGUCAUCAGCCAGUCAUACCCAACCCCAAAUGUGGAUCACUUGAGAUUCGAACCCGAGACCUUUGGUCAUGGAGUUUGACGCUCUACCAUUGAGUGAUCCACACUUGGGGUUGGGUAUGACUGGCUGAUGACGGCUAAUAAGCCAGAAAUGGCCAUUCCGGUCUCCCUUGUCUUUGUCGGCUCCAUCUCAUCUGUGUCUACUACUAGUCGCUGUGCGACUGCCUGCGAGGGUUCUAGUAUGAGCCCCAAGGCACAACGGAACGAGCAUGUUCCGUAACUUGAUCGGCGGCAGAAGGAUACUUCCAGCACAGACAAGGGAGACUGGGGUGGCCACUUCUGACUCAUUAGUUUUCAUCAGCCAGCCAUACCUAACUCCACGUUUUCAGCCUCUACGGUGCAAACUUCCGUUCUGUUGGUUAGAAGUCCGACACUCUAGCCAUCGGGCUACCGACUUUUUGUCCUGUAGGUUGCGAUUGAGUGUAUUAACUGUGGCAAAUAGCGCUCAUCGAUCGCGAUCCUGGACAACUGUAUACAUAUAUGAGGAGUACUGAAAAAAGGCAAAGAUGUAGCAUCAGUCACCUGAUCAGAUUACACACUGGACUGGCUCUUGAGAGUGGAAAGCGAGAGUGGAUUCGACGGUCUCAGGGCAUAUUCCUCGAUACAUGCUACCUGACGCGCUUGAACCUAUCACGGUGCGCUAAAAGCCGUGGCAUGGAAGGUUGCCAACUGGCGGGAUAAGUCGAACCUCGCAGUCAACCGAGUGUGUGUGUGUUUGUGUGGGGUGACCGACCGAGUCAGGCUGCAAUUUUUCCUUCUCAACGUGGCCUCUGUGGCAAUCCCGCCCAAUGGGAUCCGAGCUGGUUCCCUUUAUUAUUUGUGAACAUUCCUCUAGGGUGUGUGGUGGUAGGUCUAGGUGCGUGUUUCCGGGGCGUAGGGGUGUCCAGCGGUGGGUUCACGUGAUGGUCGUAGUGGUCGCUCACAUGCUUGCAGGUGAGACUACGCCUAGCGUCCAUUUGCUUGCACCCAACUCUCACCUGUGGCUCUACGAAGUUGGGCUCUGCGCAGCGGCCACACCCCGGACAACCAUCUCGACCGGCGGGCUAAACCAGGUGUGCGCUUGUGCCGCGUGCACAGUGUACUGCGGACUCCGCUGGAUGGAUGGUCGGAUGAAAAACUGCGCCGGCAUCGUCGAGACGAGGCUCUGCCUGGUACGCCGUUGGACAACUGCUGCCGGGACGGGUCUCCGCAUCGCAUUCGCUGAGACGCGCCCACCCUCGCCGACGGAGACCGCGGACUCACAGCAUAUGCGGUCGUUCUCCAAUACAAACAUAAAAGUCGUGGCCCCAUAGUGGGAUUCGGUCGCGUAAACCAGGCACAUGGCAGCCCGAUUCAGAGGUGGCACUGCCUGCCCGAACGAGGGGAAGGGCGUAAAAAAGUUGGCCUAAAAAAUGCUGGGUACCAGGCCGUCUUCAGGCUAGCCAGGGCAGCACAGGUCUAAUCACGGUCGAAACACUUAAAAUCGAAACAAAAACAAGACCAAUAACAACAACAAACAUAAUCAUUCUCCUCAUCAUACCUCUUCUAACUCCUCCUCUGCCUAUUCUUCUGCACACACAUCUCCUUCGUCAUCUUCUCCACCUCCUUCCCGUCGCCCCACUCGUUUUCAACAGACUGACAGGGUGAGUCCGCUCACUCUGGCAGCCUGGAAUGUUCGUUCCCUUUUAGACAAUCCGAGGAGCAACCGACCGGAACGGAGGACGGCGCUAGUGGCCCGGGAACUGGCACGCUACAAGGUGGACAUCGCCGCACUCAGCGAGACUCGAUUCUCCGAAAAAGGCCAACUGGAGGAGGUGGGUGCCGGCUACACCUUCUUCUGGAGUGGUCGACCCAGGGCAGAGCGACGAGACGCGGGCGUCGCCCUCGCCAUCCGGAACGAUAUCUUGGGACGACUGCCCUGUUUGCCGCAGGGCAUCAACGAUCGCCUGAUGAGUUUCCGUCUGCCUCUCCACAGGAGUGGGGGCAAAUUAGCCAUCAUCAUCAGCGCCUUCGCUCCGCCGAUGACCAGCCCCGACGCCGCCGCAAGGGACAAAUUCUACGAGGACCUGCACGCCCUCUUGGCGACUGUGUCGAAGGCGGACAAGUUGAUUGUCCUUGGUGACUUCAACGCCCGCGUCGGUACAGACCAUACUGCCUGGAGGGGAGUGCUGGGUCCCCACGGUCUCCGCGGCUCAAACGACAACGGCCUGCUGCUUCUCCGCACCUGCGCAGAACACCGCCUCAUCCUGACGAACACGUUCUUCUGUCUGCCGGAGCGAGAGAAGGCCACCUGGAGGCAUCCUCGGUCGCGCCAGUGGCACCUGAUGGACUACGUCCUCGUCUCGAGGCGAGAUCAGCGGGACGUGCUGGUGACGAAGACGAUCGCGGGUGCUGAUGGGUGGACCGACCAUCGCCUCGUCAUCUCGAAGAUGCGUAUUCGCCUACAGCCUCGCAGGAGACCACAAGGUAAGCGACCCCCAGGUAAGCUGAAUGUUGCCUUGUUGUCUUUGCCCGUUCACCACCUUCAUUUCAGCAAUGAGCUAGCUCAACGGCUAGACAACCUUCCUAUCGCUGCCGCCGCAGACGACGCCGCCGCUGCCGAGAACGCCUCCGUGUAGAACCGCUGGUGUCAACUGCGAGACACGGUCUAGUCGACGGCACUCGCCGUCCUCGGUCGCGCUUCCCGCCAACAUCAGGACUGGUUCGACGACAACGACGCCGCCAUCCGAAAUCUGCUUGCUGAGAAGAACCGCCUACACAAAGCCUACGUAGAUCACCCCACUGAUGCCACCAAAGCUGCCUUCUACCGCAGUCGCCGCCAACUUCAGCAACGACUGCGCAAGAUGCAGGACGCCUGGACUGCUCGCAAAGCUGAGGAGAUCCAAGGCUACGCGGACCGCAACGAAUGGAAGAACUUCUUCUCUGCAAUCAAAGCUGUCUAA